AAUUUUGAAUAAUGUUCCGCCCAUUCAUCGCUUGCACUGUCGAGGGCCGGCUGCAAUUGCUUGUCAAAGAGAAACGCCUGCUGCGAUGACGGGAUGUGCGGGCCGUACGUUGGUGUUGGUGUUGAUGUUUACAAACCGCCAGCCGUCAAACUGAGGGGACCGUGGAAGGAGGGAGGCCUGCGCUGUCUUUUGUACGACUUCACCAGCAGCGGCAGGGAGUGGAAUUAAUUUAUGGAGCUGUCCUCACUGAUACGGCACUUACUUUGUGGGUAUGCGUGAGUGAGAGAGGUUUUGUAACUUAAAAAAACACGCACGGUCCUCUCCACUAGUUCCCAGUCGUUCCGGAUGCAAUAGAUCACCACGAUGGAUGAUAUAGACAAUAUUGUUCUGCACUCGUUGCGUCAAAUCGAUUGCGAUCUGGACGAAGACAUACAGGGUUUGGAGCAGUUUACGCCCGCCGUGCUGGUGCGCACCGUUUCGAAAUGUUUGCUGCUGAUCGAUCCGUCCCUGGACCUCCCGCAAACGCUGCCGCCCGGGAUGGCGCAACGGUUCACCGUCACUGCCCGGCUAGCGGAAGCCUGCACGGCCGUCGGUUACCGGCGCGACAUCGGCUACCAGACGUUCCUGUACUCGAACGUGGCCGAGGUGCGGCGCGUGUUUAUGUUUCUCAUCGAGCAGCUGCCCAAAGACUCGACCGAUGCGGCCGACCCGGAAGCACCGCUCGAUCGGGUGACGGAUCUGGAGAACCGGAUACUGGACAGUAUGCGGCAGCAGCUGCGCGGACGGAAGGAUCCGGCCACGCCGCUCGAUCUUCGGAACGCGACGCUGGGCUGGGCGGGAAGCCGCUCCCGUGCCAACAUUCCGUUUGUAACGCAAAGUGACGUCACGGCUGAAAUUAAGCAAUACUGGCUACGCCGGAGCGGGUUUUGGGAGGAGGAAAAGGAUGAAGUGGAUCGGCGGGCGCCGGACGUUGCCGCCAGCACGGACGAUUCCAUCCUAAAGCUGCAAGCUUACUACGCGCAAAACAAAGCCCAGUGUCCGCUAGCGGAAGAGCUUGAGGAGGCUGCCGAAACGCCCGAUCGCUUAGGACAGCUGGAUGCGCUCGAGCAAGAAAUUGCCGCCAUUGAAACGGCCAUCUCCGAGUCACGGCGCGAGCAGCGCGAACUUCACGCGAAACGCCGAACAGUGGCGGAAAGCGCGCAAGCGGUGGAAAGUGUGGUUGAAAAGCUAAAGGAGGAGAAAAAGAUUAAGGAACGCACGCACAUCCUGCUGGAAAACCCGGAGGUGAACGUGGCCAAGCUCGAGUCGAUCAUUGCCGCGGCCGGCGAGAAGAUGAAGAAGCUGCAAAGCCAGUGGGAAGCGCAUCGGUCCCCGCUGGUCGCGACGCUGGAGGAACAUCAAGCCAAAAAUUCGGACCAAGUUAGCAAAUCUCAAAAGGUGCUUGAUCAGAUCGAGUCCGCCCGGCACAAAUCGGAGGAGGUGAUCGUCGACCUGCAGACGAAGAGCGCCCUGCACGCCCGGCUGGUACAGGAGUACGAGCGGAUGGGCCGCACCGUGAGCCGCACGGCGUACACGAGCCGCAUCCUGGAGAUAAUCGGCAACAUCCGCAAGCAGAAGACGGACAUCGACAAGAUACUGCACGAUACGCGCAGCCUGCAGAAGGAAAUCAACUCCAUCACGGGCCAGCUCGACCGGCAGUUUACCGUGACGGAUGAUUUGAUCUUUCGCAAUGCGAAGCGCGACGAGUACUGCAAGCGGGCGUACAUUCUGCUCGUCGCCCUGCACACCGAGUGCAGCGAGCUGACGGCCCUGGUGCAGGAAACGGGCACGGUGAAGCGUGAGGUGCGUGAGCUGGAAGAUCAGAUCGAGAACGAGAAGGAUCGCAACGUGGUGACGAAUCUGGCCCAGAUCGGGCAGGAUUUGGAGGAGAUGCAGCGGGAAAGCCGUCGGCUGGAGGAAGCCAUCCAGCAGCUGGAACUGUCCACCGGGCGGAAUGGGACGAAGUAAAAAGGGGGGAGAAAGUAGUUGGACAGAAGCAACAAACACGGCUUUUUGAUGGCAUUGCGCGGGCACGGCAACGUAGGGAAAAUAAAAUGUGAUAUAUUCCUCGUGACAAA